GAAAACAACAAUAAAACAGGACAUAGGAAGGCCGGGAACAAUGUGGUGCUCUGGACACUGGAAACAGCAGUUUGGCGGCAGCAGCAGGGCCACUGGCCGGAAGUUGUGAUGGACCCAGGUGGAGGCUCGGGGCCAGGCCAGUGCAGGACUCCUGGGCAGAAGGCAUCCUCAGGCGGCUCAGUGGGGCAAGAGGAGACUUCGUGCCGUGAGGAGACGAGAAUGGUUAAGUGCCGGGACGCCGGGCGAGGAGCGAGGAGCGAGCAGCGCUGAGGGAUGGCGGCGCCCCAGGUGUGCCACAGACCACAACAUGGACAACACCACAGCGAUGCUGCGGGAGUGGCUGGCUGCUGUGGGCCACCACUAUGCAGCUGUAAUCUGGAGGCCUGAGGGCGAGCCCAGGCCCUACCCGGAUGAAGAGGGUCCCAAGCACUGGACCAAAGAAAGGCACCAGUUUCUGAUGGAGUUGAAGCAGGAAGCCCUGACCUUUGCUAGGGACUGGGGGGCCGACUAUAUCCUGUUUGCAGACACCGACAAUAUUCUAACCAACAACCAGACGCUGCGGUUUCUGACGGGGCAAGGGCUGCCUGUGGUGGCCCCCAUGCUGGACUCGCAGACCUACUACUCCAACUUCUGGUGUGGGAUAACUCCUCAGGGCUACUACCGCCGCACGGCUGACUACUUUCCCACCAAGAACCGCCAGCGCCGGGGCUGCUUCCAGGUCCCCAUGGUCCACUCCACCUUCUUGGUAUCCCUGAGGGCAGAGGGGACAGCCCAACUGGCCUUCUACCCCCCUCACCCCAACUACACAUGGCCCUUCGAUGACAUCAUCGUUUUCGCCUACGCCUGUGAGGCAGCUGGGGUCUCGGUCUACGUGUGCAACGAGCACCGGUACGGGUACAUGAACGUGGCCGUGAGUCCCCACGGGGGGCUGGAGGACGAGAAGAUCAACUUCGUUCACCUGAUCUUGCAGUCUCUAGUGGACGGACCUCCCAUGCAGGCUUCUGCUCAUGUGUCUUGCCCUCCGAAGAGGCCCAGCAAAAUGGGGUUUGAUGAGGUCUUUGUCAUCAGCCUGGCCCGCAGGCCUGGCCGCCGCCAGCGUAUGCUGAGCUCGCUCUGGGAGAUGGAGAUCUCAGGACGUGUGGUGGAUGCUGUGGAUGGUCGGCUGCUCAACAGCAGUGUCCUCAGGAGCCUGGGUGUGGACCUGCUCCCUGGCUACCGGGACCCCUACUCAGGCCGCACGCUGACCAAGGGCGAGGUGGGCUGUUUUCUCAGCCACUACUCCAUCUGGGAGGAGGUGGUUGCCAGGGGCCUGGCCCAGGUGCUGGUGUUUGAAGACGACGUGCACUUUGAGAGGAACUUCCGGGGUCGGCUGGAGCGGCUGAUGCAGGAGGUGGCCGAGCAGCAGCUACAGUGGGACCUGAUCUACCUCGGCCGGAAGCAGGUGAGCCCGGAGGAGGAGGUGGCCGUGGAGGGGUUGCCGGGCCUGGUGGUGGCCGGGUACUCCUACUGGACACUGGCCUACACCCUGAGCCUGGCGGGUGCCCAGAAGCUGCUGGCCUCACAGCCGCUGCACCGCAUGGUGCCCGUGGAUGAGUUCCUGCCCAUCAUGUUCGACCAGCACCCCAAUGAGCAGUACAAGGCGCACUUCUGGCCACGGGACUUGAGGGCCUUCUCCGCCCAGCCUCUGCUUGCUGCCCCCACCCACUAUGCAGGGGACACCGAGUGGCUCAGUGACACAGAAACAUCUUCUCCAUGGGAUGACGACAGUGGACGCCUCAUCAGCUGGACCGGCUCUCAGAAGACCCUGCGUGACCCCCGCCUGGACCUGGCGGGAAGCAGCGGGCACAGCAUCCAUCCGCACCCACGGGAUGAGCUCUAGGUGCAGCUGGCGGGACGGACACAGCCCGUGGGCCUCCUUUUUGCACUGGGCUGGGCCCGCGAGGCUCUGUCUGUGCAGCCGCUUUGUCUCUGAAUCUGGCUGUCUAUAGCUUCCUGUCCCUGGCUGCUGCACUGUCUGAUUUUCACCCCUCUUCCUCUCAUCUCAUCCAGCUGUCUGCUUCAGAAAAUCCCCUCACUGAGCACCAGGGCAUCCCGCCCCUCCGGGUCCUUGUCACACCAGACCAAAUGAUGGGUCCGCAGCAGUGUCCAGGAGCAAAGGAGGCGACUGACUGCUGGCAGGAGCCAGGAAGCCAGCAGGAGACUGGCUGUCACCUUAGGCCUGGCCCAUCUUAGGUCAGGAGAAACCACUCAAAGAUGGAUUGGAUGCCCCAGGAUGGAGGGCAGGAGGUGGCCCUCGGCUUUCACACAAGCUGGGCAGACCUCAGGCCCCAUCCCCCCACGAGGAUACCACCUCUCCCUCCACCUCAGCCCUCCCUAACUCCAAGGCUGGGUCUUGCCAGGACUUCUUCCCUACCAGUGGGAAGUGCGGGGGUGGGGGACCUAGCAGGCUGAGGGGGGCACACAGUAGGCCCUCAAUAAAAGCCAGCUGCA